AAUAAAUAAAUAAAUAACGGUAUUUUUGUAUGCGGGUACGAGGCUGUACUGGGCCUUUAAAUGUGUUUUGCAUCCGGAGCAGUUCCCUCAUAUCCUCGGACACACACGGGCCAGUGCCCCGCCGAUCAAACCCAUCUCCAACGGGUUUGUUUACAAGGGGCCAUCAGGUGUGGUGCUGCCGUCCCCUGAUUCACUAUGGCUCAGAACCAAGUCAUCCUGCAGUUCCGUUUCGCCACAUUCGGGGACUCCAUGCUGCAGAAGAUGAACCUUUUACGACACCAGAGACGCUUCUGUGAUGUCACCGUGCGCAUCAACCAGCUGGAAGUUCCCGGUCACAAGGUGGUGUUUGCAGCUGGUUCCUCUUUCUUGAGGGAUCAGUUCAUCCUCCAGCAGGACUCCAGGGAGGUCCAGAUCUCCAUGAUCCAGGAGGCGGAAGUGGGCCGGCAGCUGCUGCUGUCGUGCUACACGGGCCAGCUUGAGUUUCCUGAGCUAGAGCUGGUGCAUUACCUGACAGUGGCCAGCUUCCUGCAAAUGGGCCACAUCGUGGAGCAAUGCACUCAGGCCCUCAGCAAGUUCAUCAAACCUCAGGCACAACGGCACCUGGAGGUGGAUGUGGUCUCGAGAAGGGAGAAGAGGGAGGAGGGUCUAUCCUCCCAGGUACAAAGGGAGCAAGAGCAGGUACGGACUGUCCAGCAGCGCCAGGAGGAGGAGGAGGAAGAGGAGGAGGAUGUGGAGCAGGUUGAGGGCGACAAUGAUGGUGACGACGAUGAUGAAGAUGAUGAAGAAGAUGAUGUGAUUAUACAGCCGAGGAGCCCUGUCCAGGUUCUGAACAGGCGUCCGAAGCAGGUUAUGGUUGAUAGUGAUAUCACCAUAGUGAAGGUGGAGUCGGUGUCAGAGGCAACAGAAAACUCCGUCACUGGUCACUUCUCCGGGAGCCCUCCCGCUGCGCUGCACUCCCCUGAGCCCCAGCACUCGCUCAUUAAUUCCACAGUGGACAGCCGUGGCAGUGAGAUGGCUGUCCAACCUGGCAUUGCCGGAUACCCGCUGAGCCCCCCUCCUCCGUCCCCUCCCACAGAGAAACACACUGGACACCAGAGGAACUAUGACAAACCUCUCCAGUGGUACCACCAGUGUCCCAAGUGCUCCCGCGUCUUCCGCCAGCUGGAGAACUACGCCAACCACCUCAAGAUGCACAAGCUGUUCAUGUGUCUCCUGUGCGGCAAGACCUUCACGCAGAAGGGCAACCUGCACCGACACAUGCGGGUCCACGCCGGCAUCAAACCCUUCCAGUGUAAAAUCUGCGGCAAGACCUUCACCCAGAAGUGCUCAUUGUUGGAUCACCUAAACCUGCAUAGUGGCGAUAAACCACACCGCUGCAACUACUGUGAGAUGGUGUUCGCUCACAAACCAGUUCUUCGCAAGCACCUCAAGCAGAUCCACGGGAAGAACAGCUUCGACAAUGCAAAUGAAGGCAACCUGCAUGACGGAGGGCUGGACUUUGAUUUUGGACGAAUAUGAAAUCUGAAAUUCCGUUUCCAGGUCUGCCCUUCACUGUAGCUUCAUAUGUGUGGACUUUUUGUCAUUUUGUAGAAACCAUUGUAUAUGCCUUCAUAUCAUACUUGAAAACUCAACACUGAAUCAUGGAACAUUAGGACUGAACAUCAUUAGUUUUACCGAUGACUUACCAUGUUACUGUGUAUAUCAUAUCUAAUGAACAGUAUCCAUUUGUAUAUUGUGUAUACAAUCUGCUGUAGCCUUUCUUUUUUACUUGUGUGAAUAUACUAACAUGGACUUAUAGGUGAAAGAAACUUGAAUGAGUUGGUACAAAUUAUAUUUGUAUUUGACUGAAGGCAAGCUAUGCCGUUUUGUCUUGUCGACAGAUGGAAUGCCAAAGUAUCUACGUGAACUGAAAGUGGUAGUUUAUAUAGACUUUAUAUCCGAGGUACUAUUGGACCAAAGUGACAUUGUAUCUGUCAUGUGUUCAUGGAAGUCAGUAAGUGUCAUUAAAUUAAAAUUAAAAUGCGUUUUAUUGUUAUUGCAUGUCCACAUACAA